AUGACCGCAUUUGAAGCGAGAGAAUUGCCGCCAUUUCUUUUCUUUUCUUUUCUUUUCUUUUCUAAAACAACAAAAACAACAAAACGACUAUUAACGGCCAACAAUAUCAAAAAGGGAGUAAAGAAGAAAAAGGAAAAAAAAAAAAAAGAAAAAAAAGAAAAAAAGCAAAAAGAAUUUACGUGCGUGGGAAUGCAGGUUCCAUCGACAUCGGAUUGUGUGGCUACCUUUAAGCUUAUCCUUGUUGGUGACGGUGGGACAGGCAAAACAACAUUUGUAAAACGUCAUUUAACAGGGGAAUUUGAAAAGCGAUAUGUGGCGACAGUGGGUGUGGAUGUACAUCCGUUGACAUUUCAUACAAACCGUGGUAAAAUUUGUUUUAAUUGCUGGGAUACAGCAGGACAAGAGAAAUUUGGUGGUUUACGUGAUGGAUAUUACAUUGAGGGUCAAUGUGCUAUUAUCAUGUUUGAUGUAACCAGUCGAAAUACUUAUAAGAAUGUUCCAAACUGGCAUCGAGAUAUUACACGUGUAUGUGAUAAUAUUCCUAUCGUAUUGGUAGGUAAUAAAGUAGAUUGUGCAGACCGUCAAGUAAAGGCGAAGAUGAUAACUUUCCAUCGAAAGAAAGGUUUACAGUAUUAUGAUAUUUCUGCCAAAUCUAACUAUAACUUUGAGAAACCAUUUUUAUGGUUGGCAAAGAAAUUGGCGAAUGAUCCAAAUCUUACACUUGUGGAAGCACCUUUGCUUGACCCUAACGUACAACCACUUUCGGCGGAACAACUUCAAGCCUUACAAGAGGAGGCACGCGCUGUUGAAAAUGCACCUUUGCCUAUGGGUGACGAUGAAUAA